AGCCUUUUUUGACUCACGAAGCGUUUUUCUGAGGGCGUAGGUUCAACAAGGGUCCCGACUGCCAGUCCUACUGUUCGCACAUGAUGGCAACACUCAGUGCGAUCCAGAGCGUCGUGGAGGCAUAUGUCUCCAGCGUCGCACCAACCACGUUGGCCUUUGGCUUCUUGACUCUGGUGCCGUGGAGCUCGCAGGAAAAGCCGGCCAACGUGCUGGCAUCUGGAGCAGGCGGAGAGGUAAGUCCGGAAGACAUCGCUCAUAUAGUGGAGCAACACGACGUCGUGUUGAUCGUAUCCGUAUUCAGGACUAAGAGGGAGAAGAGAGGCGUGGUAGGACUUCUGAACUAUCUGAGGACGGCGCAUCCCGACGCGGUCGUCUUUUUGGUGCAGCUGCCAGAUCGGCUUGAUACCGAGCUGACAAAGGCCUACAUCAGUGAACUGAUGGCGCGGCAGGACGAGCUCUACAGCUUCGGGGCAGACGGCGUGCUGAUGGAGCUGGCAGGUGACCCGGAAGGGCUGCAGCAUAGGUUACGUUUGGAGCUCCAAGAGAACGCCGCCAUCCAGCUGCGCGUGCAGGCAUUUGCUAACAAUGUGAACCAGGGGGUACCCUCUGCCAGGGAUCUCAAAAUCAUCGAGGACGAGUUCCGUGGUCUCCUCUGGAAUGACAUCCCGAAUAUGUUGAUGCCCGACUUCGCGCCACUGGACGAGCGUCUCCUGGAAGGUGGGAAUCGGGUCGGGGACUUCCAGUUUGUGCGCCCGUAUUCGGAUCACCGCCACGUGUUGUUGGCCGUGAAAGGACAGCAUGAAAAGGUAGUGAUCAAAGUGUACGACAAGCGCAGCGUCACCGAUGCCAAGGAGGUGGGGAGCAUAUACCAAGAAUGUUGUCUUUUGACGCACACCCUUGACCACCCACACAUCAUCCGUUGCGUAGGUAUGUUGCACAGCCAGUGUAAUGUGUAUUUGGCUCUCCAGUACGGAGGAGACGCGUGCAUGGAGCAGGUGUUGUCGACUCAAGGAGGCCACCGCUUGUCCAGGGACGACGCCUUGAACUGCAGUGCCCAGGUCGCGAGUGCUCUGUCCUACUGUCACGCCCGGGACGUCGUGCAUGGGCAAGUGUCUCUGAGGCACGUGGCGGUAGAGAUGGCAUGGACUCGGCACAUUUGCCGCCUUGUGGACUUCAGCAUGGCAGCUCACGUUCCAAACUCAAGCACAAGGAAGACCCUGUGCGGAUCUCUGCCAUGCGUGGCUCCAGAGACGGUGCUGGACGAGCAGUAUUUGCCCAAGCCAGCAGACUGCUGGAGUGUCGGGGUGCUGUUCCUGGAGACCGCUUGCGGGCAGGGUUCGCUCGAGUUAUCCGUCCAGUGGCGCCGUCGCGAGUCCCUCGCAUACGUUGCGUGGCAAAUCCUCGAGUUCUUCUCCCAGGCUGGCUGCCAUACCGACGUGAUGACGACCAUGGGUAACGUACCUGACGGCAUGAUAUUGGCGUGCUUGGGGGCGGUGUUGAAGCCCGAGCCAGCUCGCAGAGCGAGUGCGCCCGACAUGGUGGAGAUGUUAUCUACUGCGCGCGCCGAGGACACCGGCUUUGAUUAAUGUGUUGUUAGUUGCCUUUGCAUUGCGGGCGCGCGUGCAGGAGCGCAUGCACUCCACAGGUUCGCACCAUUUUCGCACCCGUGGGGAUUACUGCUGGGUUCGGCAGGCUUUGUGCGCCAAGUUGGUUUUGAGGCGCAGUCAGUGCCCACGGGGCAAGAUGGUCACAGUUCUCUUAGCUAGAUGCCUACGAGGACAGAUGCCCACGAGGCCAGAUGCCAUUGUUCGGCCCUGCCUGCUCUCUUCUAGCGAAGGUGCUUGCAUCGCAGCGCUGCGCCCGCUGUUUUUGCAUAGGGGCUGGGUGCCCCCGAAUCCACCAGGCUGGUGCAUUCGUUUGAAGUACAUGCGUGAGUACAUGCGUACGAAGCUAUACGUUUGCGGAGGAGUGUUACGCAGCAUUGAUCAGCCGGUGUCUGCACUAGCGUCCUCCGCCACAGCCUUCAGCCAGAAUUUCGACGAGCCUCCGCUAAGCGGAGGCCAUCUUCGAGAAGAAGCUCGAGGCAAAUACUUGAGGCCGUCUGCUUCCGUGGCGCGAGGCAACAAUCGGCGCGCCGCCAUGGGCCCGCGAGGCCAGAUGAUCACGAGGCCAGAUGAUCAGUCCUUUUAGCCAGAUGCCCACGAGGCCAGAUGCCCACGAGGCCAUAUGUCAGUGUUCCGCCCUGCCUGCUUCCUUCUAGCGAAGGUGUUUGCAUCGCAGCGCUGAUGCCUCUGUUUUUACAUACGUAGGGGCUGGGUGCGCCCGAAUCCACCAGGCUGGUGCCUGAGUGUGAAGUACAUGCGUGAGUAUACAUCUGUAUACGUUUGCGGAGGAGUGUUACGCGGCAUCGAUCAGCCGGUGUUUGCACUAGCGUCCUCCGCCACAGCCUUCAGCCAGAAUUUCGACGAGCCUCCGCUAAGCGGAGGCCAUCUUCGAGAAGAAGCUCGAGGCAAACACUUGAGGCCGUCUGCUUCCGUGGCGCGAGGCAACAGUCGGCGCGCCGCCAUGGGCCCGCGCGGAAGUCCUCACGGACGUGGGGCAGUCAAGAGGCGUUGCCACGUCCGACUGGCCGAUGUUGGGGCACGGAACGGUUGUACGCCUCGGAUUGUGGCCGAGCCCAUCCGAGUCAGAGAGUUGAUGGCGGGCUUCUGUCCCCUGACCCCCCCCUGCCUGGCAGCAUAGUGCCGACUGAAUGCUCUGCUACCAGUAUGAUAUCCUCGCCCUCGCUCUCCUCUUCUCAUCUUAUCCCUCGUCUCUUGCGUGAUUCGCCCGAGCGCGUUUUUUCUUCGCGAUCGUAUUCAGACGGCGCGCAGUGUCGCGUGCUUGAUUCGAUAGAUGGAAAGGUUAUCUGUG